AUGAGCAGGCUCUCUGAUCAGCAGUUGCGAGCACAGUGGCUCAGCAAGGCGACCCCUGACCAGCAACGACAGUGGUUCAACAAAGCGCCACCAGACCAACAACAAUGGUUCCGCCAAAUACAGCGUGCUAGACAGCAACAAGGACAGCAGCAGCAAGUACCGCGCGAGAAUAGUCAACACCAAGGUCAGCAUGCGGCCCGGAGCCCGUCUAUCAACAGCCUGAACGGAGCAAGGUCGUCUACCUCUAGCCCACUGGCUGCACCCUCAACGAUGGCCACCUCGGUGACUACCGCUUCGCCUCUGAGCCCGACAGCAGUGCGAGCAUCAACAAAUGCAUCCUCACCUAUGCGAAACGAAAAUACAGCGACGCUGGGCGCCGUCUCACCUAUUUCUAUUGUGCCACGCUCGAUGCAAGCACCGAACGCUAGCGGAAUUCGACAUCAUCAACAGAACAGCGCUUUUCUCGCUUCUAGGCAGACUCAGCCGCGCAUGCUACCCACGGACGACGUCGCUCGCUACCAGAAAUCACCACCCAGACAGAGCCCUUCGCAUGUACAAAUGAAGCUGCCACCCUCACCGACACGGCCAGGCUCAUCGCCAUCAGCGCAUACUGCAGCAUACCCCACCAGCAUGAGCCAGAAACGUCAGGCCACAGAAGCCCCGGAAGGCGACAUACAUGCAGGCAAGAGGCAAAUGACGACGCAAAAUGCGAUGUCACCUCCCGCUGCGCCGUUCGCUCCCAUCGGCCACAACGAUCCUCUCAACCCAGGGCCAUACAAUCGUAUGAGACCGGUUGCAUCACCCAAUGGGAUUGCGGCAUCUAUCAACCGGAUGACCCCCGACGACAUCGCCCGAGACCGUCGCCUCCAGCAGGCCAAGCUCGCAGAGCAACGCGUUCGGGCGCAACAAGCUCACGACGCCGAGAAAGCCCGCGAGCGGGAGAUCUAUAAUGCCGCAACCGCCGCAGCCCUCAAGCGCGAGCAAGACGACGCCCGAAGGGAGUUUCUGCGCAAAGACCCCAGCGCGAACUACCGCCACAUACUCGAGGUAUACGCAUUGUCGCCGCUAGACCCCAAGAAAGACGAGUACCCGAACCGGUACCUGACUGGCUUACUAGCGAACCGCGUCAUGCCCAUGGACCUUGACUGCGACCUUGCGCUCGCGAUCGUGUAUGCGAAGGAUCACUGGGACUACUUCGGUCAGUGGCCCAAGGAUAUCGAGCGCUUUGCGGGCUAUGAGAGGGAGAGGAGGGAUAAGGCGGCAAAGGAUCGGGCUUAG